AUGGCUGACGCGCCGACCGAAAAGCCCACCGAAAACCCCGCCGCCGCUGCUGCCCCCGCCGGCGAGGAGGGUGGUGAGAAGCAGUCCAAGAAGGGAGCGAAGAAGGCCGAGGCCAAGGCGAAGAAGGAGGCCGAGAAGGCCAAGAGAGCCGCCGAGCGCCAGGCUGCUGAGGCCGCCGCGAAGGCUGCCGGCGGCGCUGGUGGUGAGGACCUGGCCAAGGACAACUACGGCGAUGUCACUCCCAAGACCAAGGUCGACGCUGAGCGCGUGAACCUGAAGGCCAUUGGUGACGACCACGUCGGCAAGAGCAUCAAGCUCCGCGCCUGGAUUCAGAACUCGCGCAUGCAGGGCGCCAAGAUGUGCUUCAUCGAGCUCCGCGAGGAGCGCGAUUGGGCUAUCCAGGGCGUGAUUGCGGCCAGUGCCGAGGGCAAGCCCGUUUCCAAGCAGAUGGUCAAGUGGAUUGGCGGCAUCUCCCUGGAGUCUUUUGUGCUCAUCGAGGCGACCGUUCAGAAGCCUCUCGAGCCCGUCAAGAGCUGCAAGGUCAGCAACUACGAGCUUCACAUCACCAAGCUCUUCGUUGUCGCCCCUGGUCCCGAGUCCCUGGCCAUGUCGCUGGCCGUCUCCAACCGCGCCAUUUCCAGCUUCGACGACGAGGACCCCAACGCUCCCCCGGCUGACAAGGCCGUUGAGGAGGUUAAGGUCGGUGUUGAGGGUGUCAGCAUCGACGACAGCAACGCUAUGCCUAGCGCCAGCAUGUCGACCCAUCUCAACAAUCCGGUUAUGCACAAGCGCGCGGCCUGCCAACAGGCGAUCGCCGACAUCCGCAUGCAAGUGAGGAAGUUAUUUGCUUCCUACUUGGACUCGCAGGGCUUCGUCCAGUUCGAGCCUCCCUGCCUGAUUGGCGCCGCGUCUGAGGGUGGAGCCAACGUGUUCCAGCUCCCUUAUUUCGAAAAGAGUGCUUGCUUGGCCCAGAGUCCGCAAUUUUAUAAGCAGUUCGAGAUUGCCGGAGGCCGAAAGAAGGUAUACUGUAUCGGGCCUGUGUUUAGAGCAGAGAACAGCAACACGCCGAGGCAUCUCACUGAAUUUACCGGACUUGAUCUCGAGCAGGAGAUCGAGGAGGACUAUUCCGAAGUGAUGGACACGCUUGAGAACGUACUUCUCUACAUCUUCCGUGGUCUCAAAGAGAGAUGUGCGGAGCAGAUCGAAACUGUCCGCGCAGUCUACCCCAGCGAAGAUUUCCUUCUCCCUGGUCCUGGCGAGAAGGUCCUUCGCAUGACGUUCGCCGAAGGACAGAAGCUCCUCCGCGAGGAAGGCCCCGAAGAGUACCGCAACGUUUCCGACGAUGAGGAUAUGUCUACGCCGCAGGAGAAAGCCCUCGGCGCCCUGAUCCGAAAGAAGUACAACACCGAUUUCUUCGUGUUGGACAAGUUUCCCGAGGGAGCUAGACCCUUCUAUGCUCUCGAGGAUCCCGAGAACCCCAAGGUCACGAACGCCUACGACUUUUUCAUGCGCGGUCAGGAAAUUCUGUCUGGAGGCCAGCGUAUCCACAUCCCCUCCGUCCUUGAGGCUCGCCUGCGCAAGAAGGGCAUCGACCCCAACAGCCAGGGCAUCAAGGAGUACGUCGAUGUGUUCCGCAGCGCUGGUGUUCCUCCCCACGGCGGUGGCGGUAUCGGUCUUGACCGUGUUGUGGCUUGGUUCCUUAACCUGCCUUCCGUCCACCUGGCGAGCUACUACCCUCGUACCCCCAAGAGACUUACGCCUUAG